UUGAGGCACAUUCGCGCAAGGCGCAGAAAGGAAAAUUGGUAUCUAAACACGGAAGCUAGUAGGGUUUGUCAAUCGACGACGUGUGUAGCGAUUGUGAAAGAAAAUCAGCUGAUAUGUAGCAUAUCCACGGGGUUGCAACAAGAACUUAUCAGAUUUAACGUGAAAAACUUCUUCAAAAGAUGAAACUCGAUUUGAAGGGACGACUGCUUUUCCUCUGGGUGUGUUUCAUGCAGCUAUACUCUACUGAAUCAUUCACCUGGACUGUGCAACCAGCCAAUGUAACAUUUGUAACAAAAGGAGAAGACUUGUCACUAACAUGGAAGUUCACUCUAACUGCUGAUGAACAGAGUAAGAGUCAGACAUUGUAUCUUAUUCAGUGGAAAAAGUUUAAUCAGACAAGUUCAGAUGAUGAUGUGAUUGCUUCCACAACCUUUUUAAAUCUCGUUGGUACACCUAGUUACACUGAACCCAGAGCCCCACAUAUUGAGAUUGUCAGAAUUUCUCAAGCCACAUUACUCAUCAAGAAUGUCACGACAGAAGAUGAAGGAACAUACAAGAUUGAGUACAGUGUACAAUUUGGUGGUACUCCUAUUGGUGAUCAUCAAGUAAAUGUUACAGUUUUAGAACCCUCUGAAAUUGUGAAUGUUAGCAAGAACCAAGAUGUUUGUGAAGGUUCUAUGGUUGCCUUGAGUUGCAAUGCAACUGGUAAACCAGCACCAAAUAUCACCUGGACACGAAAGUGGGAAAAUGGUACUGACAGUGGAGAAUUACCAUCUGUAGAUGGGUACCAUCCCAUAUAUGAUAUUGGCAGAAGCUCCAAUGGAACAUACUGCUGUACAGCUUUCAAUGGAGUGGGAGAUCCAGUGAAUCAGACAGUGGAGGUGAUAGUGAGAUAUUCUCCAUCUGUGGAUGGUGUAGUGGGCUCUCCAAAUACUGCAACUGAAGGUCGUCAAUACAACUUGACUUGUAACGUAUCUUGGGAUCCCCCACAAAAUGUUUCGUGGAUCAAAGUUAGCAAUGAUAAGCUCACUGUAGGGAGUUUAUUGCAGUUCAACAACAUUAGCAGAAAUGAUGCUGGAGACUACAAGUGUGUAGCAAGCAAUAGAUGCGGAAAUGAUUCUAAGACUGAGGCCAUCAAUGUGUUAUAUAAGCCAGCUUAUGUCAUUUUGGAAAAAAAUGCAACAGAAAACAAAGACUGCUUUGAUCUGUGGGUCAAUUUUAAUUGCACUUCAUCAAAAGCCAAUCCACCUGUUUAUAACUACUUGCUUCUCAAGAAUGGAACAGAAUUUACUUCCAGCAAAAGUGGAACUUGGAUAGAGAAGAUAUCAGAAGGGGGGAAAGCUAUCUACAGUUGCAUUGCAAAUCAGAGUGUUGAAAAUGUAUCAAGUGAAAAUAUUACUUUAACAGUCAACGUGCCAACAUCUUUAAGAAAAGCCAAAAAGGAAACUGUGAGUGAAGGUCACUAUGUACAAGAGAGCUGUCUAAACAUAACUGGUUUUCCCUACCCAACUGUCAUGUGGGAAAAGAAUGGCAGCCAUAUAGCUGAUGGUAAUCUUUUGAACUUCACGCAAAUCAGCAGAGACAAAGCUGGAGAGUACAGAUGUACUGCAAACAACACAUGUGGAAAUGCAUCAACAAUGGUGUACAUUGAUGUGCAAUAUGAACCUGAGAAUGUCAAAUUAAGUUCAAAUACAACAAGAAAAGAAGUCUGUGCUGGAAUUUACGUAAAGUUCACGUGUACAGCUGAUGCCAACCCUCCAGUACAUACUUACUUAUUGUAUGAGAAUGACACCAAAGUCGAUAGUAAUUUGGGAAAUACAGGAAUCUGGAUACCGAAGCUAGAAACAGGUGGAAAGAUUGUGUUCAGAUGCACAGCCAACAACUCUAUCCAAGAAACCAGAGAGAGCAAUGAUACAGUAUUUUUUGUGAAAGUCCCACCAUCUGUCAAGCAGAUGAAAAUUGAACCCAUAACAGAAGGUGACACUGUUGAAAUGUAUUGUAAUGCCACUGGAAGUCCUAAUCCAACUGUAAAAUGGACUAAGGGUGAAAAUGUUGUCAGUGAUAACAGUUCACUGAUGAUAGAAAACAUCAGAAGAAAUGAGGCGGGAGACUACAGAUGUACUGCAAACAACACAUGUGGAAAUGCAUCAACAGCGGUUUACGUGGACGUGCAAUACAAACCUGAGAAUGUGAUGUUAAUUUCAAAUACAUCAAGCGAAGAGGUCUGUGCAGGAGUUUUUCUAAAUCUCACAUGCACAGCUGAUGCUAACCCACCAGUACAUACGUACUUACUGUACGAGAAUGAUGUAGUCAUUCAAGGUCCAAACAAUACAGGAAUCUGGAUGAGAAGACUUGACAAAAGUGGAAAUUUUACAUACAGAUGCAAAGUCAAUACCUCUUUCCCUGGGAUCGAGGAAAGCAAGAAUUUGACAUUUACUGUUAGAGUCCCUCCAUCUUUAAGGCAGGCCAGUAAAAAAUCUGGUGUAGAAGGUAGCGAUAUUAAAGUGUACUGUAAUGCCACUGGGAUUCCUAAUCCAACCGUCUGGUGGACUAAGGUUAACGAUGUUGUCAGUAACACAAGUCUACUGACCUUCCUGAACAUCAGCAGAGAUAAGGCUGGAGAAUACCAGUGCAUUGCAAGCAACACAUGUGAGAAUACUUCAGCAAUGGUGUACAUUGAUGUGCAAUAUAAACCAGAAAGGAGCGGUCCCACAGAAGUUACUGCGUUUGAAAACGAACCAUUUUAUCUUGAAUGCCCUAUGACGGGAAACCCUUUACCAGCGUACAAUUGGGUCAGUGACGACGGCAGAACAAAAACGGGAAAAACGUGGUUGUUUGAAAGAAUGGAAAGUCGUGAUAGUGGAUCAUAUACCUGUUUGGCCACAAAUGAUGUGGGGAAUGGGACUGUGGUGGUUUCCGUACAAGUUGUUUCAGUGGAGAAGACGCAUCAUAUGCAGGCCUCCAUAGAUAAAAAUGAAAACGAUGCCUCGAAGAGGAACAGUACCUGCAAGACUUUUGCCAAAGUCGCUUGCAGCGUCCUUCCAAACUGUGUGGAUAACGAAGUAGUAGAUUGUGGGCCCGGCAGUAUAGUCGUAGAAUUUCUGUUGAAAUUCAGCACAGAUGUUACAGUUAACCAAGUGAUAUCUAAUCUGACAAAAGCCGUAGAUCAAGGCAAGUUUGGAAGUUUGCCAGUCGAUACAAGUUCCUUAAAAUCACUCUCUCCAUCAUCUUCAACAACAGCAACUGAGCCAACAAGUACGAUGGUCACAACCAGAAAAGUUCCAGAAUGCGAGGAAGCCAUUUUCAAAAAGAAAAACUGUGAAACAAAAUGGGUCAAUGUUUCCGUUAUAAUUGUUGUGUCAGUGGUCGUUGUUGUGGUGGUUGUCUUCAUCACAUGUUGCUUACACAAGAAAAGGAAAUGUAGAAAACACACGAAAGUCAAAAACUCUGACGGGCAACCGCUGUAAGUGCCUUGUAUCUUUUCUGUUCCUAAAAUAAUGUAUUGUCAUUGUCGUCAAUAACAGUGUACUCAUAAUAUUCAUAGAUGUGAUUACUUCAUACCUUUAAGUCAGUACUCUCAGUUUUCAGUUUUACUUAAGUUUUUUAUGAUUACCUUUGGGUUAAAAUGGUCGAUCUCAAGGGAUACUCUCUAGCCUACGACGAGUUUUAAGAAAAGAUGGUUUGUAACAUAUCUUUUGAAAACAAGUGUAAAUCUCUCAUUUUCGUUUAAAUUUGAAAAUUUUUUCAAAGUGCUGUUCGAACGCGGCAGCUUAGCCUGUCAACGGUCGUGAUGUAGGAGAACUCAUUCGACUUCCGUUGACAUUUCAAAAACAAGCACAUCGAGAUCUCAUCACAAGCAAAAAAGCGCCCAAGACCACGAUAAUGCCGCAACGAUGUGUGGCCGAUGUACGU